AUGGGUACGUCCCGCUCCUUAGUCAUGGGUACGUACUCUACGUACCUUAGACAGUUGGGUAAUUUUCCUGGUCUCCUCAUCUCAUCCCGUCUUCCUCCGCCGCCAACCACCCUCGAAUACAACGCCGAAUGUCCUCACCUCGAGCCAUCCAAUCCAUCAAGCGUCAACCAACUCACACAUCAACGCCUGCUCACGUGUGGCAGUCACCGUUCCUAG